AUCGUCCUGUGUCUUACGCGUGUUUAUGUUUAUUAAAGUAAAUAUUAUUCGCAACAAAUGUCGGGAGAGUCGAAUCAAAGGACGAGCUAUUGCUGCGGAAUGUUAUUUACUGUGCGCAAUCGCGAUUAUCAGUCUUUCGGCACUUGGAAAGUCAGUCGCGUCGCGUCGGCCAUUAUUUGCCAAAUCACCGAGCGUCGGUCCGAAGUUGCCUCCGUUAUUCAAUGCGUGCAGUCGUGUUUACCAGUCUCUCAAUGUUCGUAAAGACAAUCGCGUUCGUCGCGUCAUGUCGGACAUUGCUUGCCGAAUCAUCAAACGCGUUCGUCGCACCGCGUCAUGUCGGACGUUGCUCGUCGAAUCGCCAAGCGUCGGUGUGAAGUUGCCUCCGUUCUUUAUACAUUGCAGCGCUUCUUGACCGUGUUGAUAAUACGAAAUCGAGUUACGGGCGAUUUUCGUAGCAUUAUUUAGCGCGUGCGAUCGUGUUUAUCAGUCUUUCCGUGUUCGUAAAGACAAUUGCGCCCAUCGUGUCGAAUAUUACCGGCCGAAUCGUCAAGUCGCGUUUGUCGCGUCAUCUUGAACGUUGCUCCGUCGAAGCGUCGGUGCGAAGUUGUCUCCGUUCUUUAUACAUUGCAGCGCUUCUUCACCAUGUUGAUACUACUGAAUCGAGCCACGGGCGAUUUUCGUGAAGCAUUAUUUAGUGCGUACGAUCGCGUUUACCAGUCUCUCGAUGUUCGUAAAGACAAUUGCGCUCGUAUCAUGUCGAAUAUUGCUGGCCGAAUCGUCAAGUCGCGUUCGUCGUGUUAUGUUGGACAUUGCUCGCCGAAUCAUCAAAUCGCAUCCGUCGCGUCAUGUCGAACAUUGCUUGUCGAAACGCCAAGCGUCAGUCCGCGAAGUUGCCUCUAUAUAUAUUCUUGAAUUUUUUCAUCGUGUCAUGGCUAUGUCGGUAGUCUGGAAUCGAGUGACGAUCGUCGUAGAGUAUUAUUUUGUGCGUUCGAUCACCAGUUUCUUGACAUUCGUAAUACUAAUCGCAUUCGUCGUGUCGAACAUGUCGUGCUCGCCAAAGCAUCGAUCCGAAAUUUUUCCGUCUUUCGAGUAUGUUAAACCAUAAAAUAACGAAUAUGUUUUUCAGUAAUAGCGGGAAUAUUGGGUAAAGUUACAAGCGAUCGUCGUGUUUCGCGUUGAAAAACUCGGGAAUAUCGUAUGAAUUAAUUGGUCGUAUUGUGUAUUGUGUAUUGUGAGUGUUAAUUAAUAUUAUAUAAAUGUGGACGUCGAGCAACAUGUGUUUAGAACCACGAAGUGUGGUAGAAUCAAUGGAUUGUAACGGCUGUACAUUGGAUGAUCUAUCAUUUUCUAAUUUUUGUGACUACGUCCUACAACGUUUUACACCGUUCUACAUCGUUCUACAACGAUAAACUUGUGCGCGUAAUUUGUGCUACGAAAUAUAUUUGUUCCGUCGUAAUGCGCGUCGGGAGUGUCGUUUAAUGUCGGGAGUGUCGUUUAAAGUGUCGCGCGAUUUUCACAUUCGGGUACGUGCGCGAGCAAUGCGUGUGCCGCGAACGCGUGUGAGUGUUUCAAAGGAUCGCUCAGAAGAGGAGGAGGCCUAGGAGGCAUCGGGCGACAGCAGAGCAACGAUUCGGGUAUACAUAGUGCGCUAGUGGACGUGCUGCAGGUGCGAAGCAGUCUCAUGUGUUACACGGUGCGCUGAGCCAAGGACGAAGAAGGCGGAAAAAAGUGAGGGACCCUCGGCGGAAUUUCUUUAGCUAACUUUGUGAAACGGUCGAAAUGGGAACGUGUUGGUUUGCAGUGUGGGUGCUUCUCGUCUGUUUCAUCGGCGAUGUGCGGCCGCAAUACAGGGAUAAGAAUAUAAGCACGGCGGAGACAGACGCGGUACAGGCGCUCUUGGCCCGUUACCUUCAGCGUCGCCUUCAGGGCUCUCAGCUGUCGACGCCUCCGCCACCGUCAGUUCUCUUCAAUAACGAUCAUCGGACCCGCGUGCGACAAGCCAUCCAGAGGGGUCCUCCGCCCGGCAACAAUCUCUCGCGAAAUGUCAGCGACAAGGACAGGGAUCCGGGUCCCGUCCCUGAGGAUUACGAUGAUUACGAGGACGACCUUGAAGGCUACGAGGACAGCGAGAGGAGCAGAACGAGAUUUGAUCUUCUGGCGGACGACUGUCCAAACUGCGUGGACGAACACGGCGGCAGCUUGGCGGCCUCAAGAUGGACGAUGCCUCUGUUGAAGCUGGGCGAGAAGAGAUACUACCUGGGGAUCUUCUUCAAGGCGAACUGGUACAGAGCCUCGCAAUACUGCCGUUAUCACGGAAUGCAUCUGGCGAGCAUAGCCUCGCAGGAGGAAAACGACAGGUUAGAAAAGCAUAUCAAGGACUUCGGUCUCGGUCACGAGCACUUUUGGACCUCCGGUACUGAUCAAGCCGAGGAGGGAACUUUCUUCUGGAUGGCUAACGGCAGGCCGAUCACGUUCGAGAACUGGAACGUCGGCGAACCAAAUAAUUUCCGAUACGAGAACGGCGAGGAGGAGCAUUGCUUGGAACUUUGGAACAGGGACGGCAAAGGGCUCAAAUGGAAUGACAGCCCCUGCAGCUUCGAAACUUUCUUUGUUUGUGAAGUGCAGUGAUCAAUUUUACGGGAAAAAAAAAAGACCGAUGAGAGGGACUAAACGCACGGGAAUGUUCACGCGGCGUGCAGAUUGUCGACUCGCGGCGUCUCCUCAAGGUGUUUCUCGAGGAAGCUGCGUAUGACGUUCUCAUCGGUUGUCCGUUCGUUUCAGUGGACUUAGCAAGGGAGCGGAGUUUAACGUGACGUGUGCUCGGACAGGAAACGAUGCGCGAUUAACCGUUUGCUACCGUUGUCACGUUUCACGUGCGCUCGAAAUUCAGUGUGUGCAUAAAACUACAGUUCAGUCGGAGUUCUUUUCGUAAAAAAAUCACCAGGCGACAAACCCAGCGUUGAAUAAAUCCGCAGUGACGGAGGAUAAAAGUGAUUCACUCAUCUUUUGUGCAGAGGCGGCGUCCAGGCUUGGCGUCAGGAUUACGCGGUACGCUUAAGACCUUGCGCGCUUAAAAAGUUUUACUUUAAAUUAGAAAGCAAAUCUAUAAUUAAUUCUACUUUUAAAAAGCACAAACCUUAACUUUUAGAUAUUUUUUUAUAUUUUUAUAUAUUUUAAUAGAUUAAAAAAAAGAUAUAUAUAAGAAUAUAUAAUGAUGAUUUAACUAAAUGUUGUAUGAGAAGAAAAUUAUGUUAAUUAAUUAAGAUUUAAAUUUUUUUAUUAAAGUCUAGUACCGCCUCUGCUUGUAAAGUCACUAUAUCGACGCAUGAAAUCUGUUACAAUCGAAUAAGCAAAAUACUAGCAGUGUUGACAGAUUGACAACAAAUUUGAUUAAAUUUACUAUUAAUAUGCCAAUAUUGCUAAUAUUUGGCUAUUUGGAUUAAUAUUGCUAUCGGAUAUGAUUCUUAUGUUUGCAUUAACCUUCUCUUUCUCUCAUUAAUAAUAUUAGAUCGAUUCUUUGAUUACACUGAAUCUGAGUUUUUGCUGUGUGGUGAUACUAUAUAUUGAUUAAUUAAUUGUCCAAUGAAAUAUUAGUAAUAUACAUAUUAACACUUUCUAAUUAUUACAUAAAUUACAACCAAUGUGUAUGCGCGAGAAAUCAACUUAAUCACGUAUACAUUUUGCAAAUAUAUCUUUAAUACUAAAUCGAAUUAGGUAAUUAUUUUAGUGAUUAAAGUAGCGUGAUCGAAUAAAUUUAUCGAUUUUAUGCUCGAAAUAAUUAAUCAAUUCAAAUUAUUCUUUUUGACACUUACUAAUUUCACAAGUGUGUGCAAAAUUCCACCACAUUCUAUUUUAUUUUUGUAUCUUAGCAUAUGCCAACACAAUAUAUAACAUAUAUGUAUAUACAUGUGCAGCUGUAUAUAUUUACGCCACAUACACACACACACACACACAUAUAAUUACUUACACACAUAUAGAUAGUGACUUGCAAUAAUGUUGCUAAUAGUACGAAUAAACCAAAAGACUCUUAUACGAUGCUACAAUGCAAUGUUGGUAUUGAAAAUAUUGAAAAUAUACAAUAUUUACUGCGUGCAUUUGUUAGUAAACAGUUCUCUCUAAAAUGCGCUUUAAUAGACAGCAAUCGUAACCGUUACUAUAUUGACAAUAUCUUGACCAUCCAUCAGUAUAACAUUUUAUUAUUUAAGAUUUUUGGAUCUCUACAUUAUUGUUUUUUGUAGCUCCUCAAAUUUUGAAAUUUUUGAUAAAAUUUAGGAUCUUCCUAUCUUUAACUUAUCUAGUCUCAAAUUUGUGAAAUCUAAGACUCCUCGAAUUUUAAAAUAAAUUUAAAAACCAAAUUUGAUAUUAUUUAAAUUUAAAUUAUUAGAUUUUUAGGUGUUUUGAAUAUUCAAAAAUUCAUGGAACUUUGUGUUCUGAUGUCUCUACAUAUUUACAUUUUAAACGUCUUUAUGUAACUUAAAGACGCAAUUUAAAUUUUAAAUUCUAUAAUUUGAAAUUUAAAAAAAUUUUUUUCUUUUAGAUCUAAUUUGCUUUUUAGAAUGGUGCAUGGACUUCCAAUUUUGUUCUUAUAGAUGAAAACGAGCUACAUAUAUGGAUGAAUGAAAAUAUGACUUGUUCGACAUUAUAACGGUCGCGAUCUGCGUUAAUUAGGUCGCGGUAUAAAUAAGCGUCGUAAUAGAUUCCGGACGGACAGUAGUUAGCCGUCGUGGCAAAUGAAACGGGAGUUCGUCGUUGCACUCUGUGUAUUCGCCGUGCAUCAGAAAUUUCAAAAAGCAGCGUUGUACAUGGCAUUAUUUAGUGUUAAAUAAUAAAAUCAAAAUUAUGCUCCAA